CAUUGAUCAUUAGAUAUGUUUUGAUGAUCACAUUAUUAUGUAGUGUCGACAUGCAUCAGAAGGAAUCAUAUUUUAAUCAGAAUGAUAUAAACAAGAAACGCAUAGUUCUAUCUUGUGAUUUCAAUGGAUACAUGAAACACAUGGCAACCUGGUAUGGUACUGUCAUUUCAGUAGUGGUGAUACUCUUGGUCUUCCUUUGUCCAGCAGAAUGUGUUGUAGACCUAAGUUGCGGAUCCCCCUCUACAAUUACACUUAACAGUGCUUAUGAAAGCUACAGGUAUCCUGCAUCCGGAACAUAUCCAACACUAACAACAUGCGAAUGGCUGUUUCAAUCACCUGAUUCAAGUUCGAAAUUUUCCUUCGUUGUGUCUGAUAUAUACGUCGACUGUGGAGAUGUUUUCAAUUUCUAUGACGGUGAUUCAGACAGCGCCCCGACUAUUGCUACCUCUAUCUGUUGUACUACUUGUGGGACAACACUGCCUCCGAAGAUAUCAACCGGAAGUAAAAUGUAUGCAAAGUUAACCACUGACAGCACUACUAAUACGGGAAAGGAAAAUGGCUUCAAAGUAUCCAUUGUUUAUGGAAAGGAUGAAUCAAACUGUCCUUCCAAUGGAACAUCACGUGAUUUUAAUCUAACAAGUUCUGUGACUCUUUCUUCGCCGCUGUUUCCUGCUACGUACCCAACGGAAUACGUGUGUUCUUACACUUAUACAAACCACAAUGGAAUAGUUAAGAUGGAGUUCCUAUUUUUAGACGUCGAGUCUAACGGGCCCAGCGGUUGUUAUGAUUAUAUUAAGAUAUAUGACGGAGAUACAACUAGCUCAACGCUAAUCCAGCAGGUGUGUGGAACCACUGUUCCUGGCAUAAUUACAUCAACCGGAUCCUCAUUGACCAUUAUGUUUUUUAGUGAUGGUUUCAGUCCAAAAGUAGGAUAUUUAGCCAAAAUUUUCCCUGAAAAUUUAAUCUCUGCUACCACUACAUCUCCAGCUCAAACCACAAGUUUAGGAGAAUCCACAACAGUGUAUAUGAGUAACUCGUCGAGCGUUGAAGAAUCGACAAAAACCUCUAUAUUCACAUUUGUGAGUAGUUUGUCAAGUGUUGAAACAUCGACCUCAUUUGAAGUUUCCGCUACAUCAAGUAUAGAAUCAUCAACUUCAUCACUAGUUACAAGUACUUCUAUGACUAGUACAUUAACAGUGGAAUCAUCAACUUCACCAAAAGUUACUAGUCCACUUGUGUCUAGCACAUCAACAGUUGAAUCAUCAACUUCACCACAAGUUGCUAGUACAUCUGUGACUAGCAUUUCAGCAGUUGAAUCAUCAACCUCAUUCCAAGCUACUAGUCCACCUGUGACUAGCACAACAACAGUAGAAUCAACAACUUCACCCCAAGCGACGAGUCCACCUGUGACUAGCACAUCAACAGUAGAAUCAUCAACAUCACACAAAAUAACUACAUCUAUGAUUAGCCCAUCAACAGCUUUUUUAAGACUUGGUCUAAGAAGCAAUUAUAGUAAAACAGUUUGUACUAACAACUGUACUGGUCGUGAUGAUGGAGACUACCAAUCCUGCUACACGUGUCAUGGAUAUGUUACAUGCAGCAAUGGCAUUAUUUUCGACAGGCCGUGCCAACCAGUUCACGAUUACGAACCUCCUCUCUUGUGGAACAACAUUAAAAAAAGAUGCGACAAAACAUCCCCUACCUGUGAUCCAACUUAUAUAUCAAAUUAAAGAAGACUUUUCUUAUCAUCAACAAAAUCCUUAUUACGGGCCGCCGGAAGGCGGUCCGUUAUUUGAUACACAUUUAGAUAUUGUUAGUGCGUUUCUGCGGGAUAGUUCUUUUUUAAUAGAAUUGAUAUUAUAAAUAUAUUUUUAUGAAUUAAAAGUAAAUUUGCAUGUUGAAAUAUGUUUAAUGCCUUUUAAAAAAUAUCACAUAUUUUUUGUUUUACUCGUAAAUGAAAAAUAGGUCAUACUUAGUAGAUUGACGUGUUUGGCGCGACUAUAAUCUAUUCGGAAAAUUCUGGUAUGCGGGACAUACUAAAGACCUGAAAUACUAAAGACCUGAAUGUCAUUAAAUUUUAUAUAUUAAAUGAUAUAUUUGAAUUUCUAUGUGCCGUGUCAAAUAAAAUGACUUUCUGUGUGUAUUUUUUAUAUUUCCAUGUAAAAUGUGGUCGAAAGUAUCAUGAAGUGACAUCCAUAUCAAUUAUUUACGCAAAAAUAUGACAGAAAUGAAAAUUUGAAUUGACUGGAAAAAUUGAACUAAUCAAUUUCUAUUUUAUCAUGUGGUCCCUUAAAUUCAUAUAAACUAAUGCAUUAAGUUUUCAUUCAAUACAAUGCAACAAAAAAUGGUUUGAAAUACAUAAUCUCCAGGAGAAAAAUGAUGAGUUGAACUUUGUAUUGUACAAAUCAAUGUGUUUUCCAUUACCUCAUACUAUGGCAAUGAUCAAACAAUUACCGUUAGAAAUGCUUACAGUAACGAACUCGAUUCUUUAUGAUAAUAGUAAAAUGCUAAACUUCAAAACAAGUUGCUGAAAGUAUAUUUAAAUUUACCAUAAACAUUAGUUAAACCAACUCUUAUUUUAUUC